AUGUCGAGAUUCCGCAAGUGGGCUUUAUCUUCUCCUCCCGCCGAGUGGGCUCUCAAUCAGCUCCGAGAUCUCCUCGUUGGUGCCCUCCGGCAGGGCCCAGUGCCCAAGCAUGUCUCCUUUGUGAUGGACGGAAAUCGACGUUUCGCAAAGAACCACAGAAUGGAAACCAUUGAAGGGCACAACUUGGGAUUUGAAGCACUGGCCAAGAUCCUCGAAGUUUGCUAUAAAGCCGGCGUCACUCAUGUCACCAUCUAUGCCUUCAGUAUCGAGAAUUUCAAACGAUCCAAAUACGAAGUCGAUGCUCUAAUGGAAAUGGCCAAGAUCAAACUGAAACAACUCGUUCAACAUGGUGACCUACUCGAUCGCUAUGGCGCACGAAUUCGCAUACUCGGACAGAGAGAACUGAUCAAACCUGAUGUGCUCGAGGCAGUCGAUCGAGCAGUGAACAUGACGUCCAACAAUGGCGACGGCAGUUGCGUUCUCAACAUCUGCUUUCCAUACACGAGCAGGGAAGAAAUCACCUCGGCCGUUCGAGAUACGGUCAAAGAAUACAGUCAGCCAUUAUCAGAAAAGGAGCGAAGGAGUCCGUUUAAGGAGGAGCGUAUAGCGAAUACCAUUCGGUCCCAACACCUCUCAGAGUUCCCAACAUCCAGCCCAACUUACCUCCAACCAUCUGCAUCUCAGCUUCAGUCACCUUCGUCAAGUACGACCUCCCUCUCAUCCCUCUCACAAGGACAGUCAGAGCAUGAUGCGUCUAGUGUGUCUACAUCAACGACCUUGCACCACGAUGAUAGCUCACCGCCCUCUGGAUUAUCCGCGAAAGGGGACUCAUCAAAACCUCAAUAUCCAUCCCCCGAACUCAUUUCGCCGCAGACCUUAACUUCACACAUGUACACAUCAACCGACCCACCAAUUGAUUUAUUAAUUCGUACCAGUGGUGUCAGCCGAUUGUCAGACUUUAUGUUGUGGCAGUGUCAUGAAACCACUCAAAUUGUAUUCCUCGAUGUAUUAUGGCCAGACUUUGACCUUUGGAGUUUCCUUCCCGUCCUAUGGGAGUGGCAGUGGAGAGCGAGGAAAGGUCUGGUCAGCACGAACGAUGCAAAUGAUGGGAAAGCGGCGGAUGACGAUGAUCAAAAGAAGUCAUCUGUGAGUACCAACGGGACUACCAAGGCCGGAAAUAUAUCCAGCAGAAUGAAGGGAAAUGUGCAUGUCGGUGCGUCUGCAUAA